AUGAAUACUAAUUUUGAAAUAACUACUUAGACCUUUAAAUCACUUCAUGAACCAUUAUAACCAUUACCAAGAUCUUGUCUCUUUACUAAAUUAUUUAAAUCUAGAGACAAUAAAGUUAUAAAAAGAAAAUAAUUUUAAACUAAAAAGGAAUGGCUUACUUGGAAAAACAGCAUAAUUCGAGAACUACUUAAUUAGAGAAUACUUUCAUCUAAAUAUCCAGACAAAGUUCUAACAAUCCUAAAUUAUACAGUUGAAACAUCUAAUCAUCAAAGAAAUCUCUAUAUUACAUAUGAUUGUGGAGAUGAGGUUGAACCUUUAUUUCAAUAUUUAAACAAUAAUUCAAUUAGUUUCUAAGAAUAGGCUCAAAUAUUUGAAUAAAUAUUGCAAAUUACUUGUAUCUUGUUUAAAUCUCAAUUUGAACAUACUAAUCUAAAGCCAAAUAAUAUCUUAUACAACAAAAAAUAAGUACUUAUAACAGAUUUUGGAAGUGCAAGAACACAUUAUCAAAAUUUUACAAAAGAACAUACAGCAUUAGCUGAAAAAGAUUGGUAGAAUAAUUUAAUAUUCUUUUAUCCUUAAGAAUACUAGAAAAUUAUGCAAGAAGAUAAUUUAGAUUUUAGAAAUGAUUAAUGGUAAGAAGUUGAUAUCUCCAAUCAAAAUUUUAGAAAAAGUAUUGAUAUUUGGGCUCUAUCUAUGAUGAUGAUAUAAGUAUUUGAAAAUAAUUAAACAUUGCCUAAGAAAUUAACUGAUUAUUAUGGAUUAAAUGAAUAAUUGCUAAAUCAAAAGAUUGAAAAUCUAAAAUAAUAUUCAGCUGGAAUAUUUUCAGAGGUUAUUUAUUCUUUACUUAUUGGAAAGAAAGAACCAGAAUAAGUUUAUCAAAGAUUUAUUAAAUAAAAGUAAAUGCUUAAUAUAGUAUCCCCUUAAAUAGAAUCUACCUUUACUAUUUAAUAGAUAUUUGAUAAUGAAAAUUUUAUUGAUGAUGAUGUUAGCAUACCACCUUAAAAACCUGAAAAUUAUUUUCUUGAUAAAAAUUAAAUUAAAAAUCUUUAAGGUUAAUUUGAUGAUGAUGUUUCUAGUGUUAAAAGUAUAAAUUAUCAAAUUAAUAUUAUUGAAUACACUGAAAUAAAAUCAACAAAUAAUUUAAAAUAACCUCCUACUUUAUUACCUCCAGGAAGAAAAAUAGGAAAAAAGCCAGAAACUUAAAAAUAUGAUAUCACUACCACUCCAAAUGUUAAUCCACUUUCUGAAAUUAAAGAUAACGAAAAACCAGUUAAAGGUAAAAGGCCAACAAUUUUGGUAACCCAUUAUGAUGAAGCCAAACAAGAAGAUUAAAAUUAAGUAAAUCCCUUUUAAGAUGAACAAGGAAAGGAUAAACUGGUACCCUUUAAUCCAUAUAAGCCUUUUAUUUUUGGUAGAAACGAACAACCAGAAAAAGUUCCUUUAACAUAAAUUAAAGAUCCAUCUGAUGUUACAUAACCAAUAAUACCAUCACCCCCAAAAGAUCCCUAAUAAUCAGAUUUAUUAGUAAUUACUAAUUUAUAACCAUUUGAAGAAGAUAAAUCUCCACCUCAUUCACCAUCUUCUCCUAGUUAAGAUGGAAAUUCAUCAUUUUAAUUUUUCAAGCCCUAAAAUUUAGAUGCUUUUAAUGAACAAGGUGUUAAGGUCGAUCCUACAUAACCAUCUAUACCUAUAAAAGAUUAAUAUAUACCAGAAUAAAAUGGAAACUAUAAUUUAUUGUCAAUUGAAGAUUUUGACAGCCCCAAACCUCCACCUAUACCUCCUCCAGAAGUACCAAUAAUAAUUUAGCCUGGCAAUGGUAAAUCAAUAAAAACCAUUUAGGAUCCAAUAAUUAAAAUCCCUAAACCACCAGAUAUCCCGAUAACAUUAAUACCUAUUAAACCAACAAAUAUCGGUGAUGUUUCAGGUGAUCCUGUUACUGAUAUCCAUGAACCAAAUUAUGUUUCCCCUAAAUAAAUAAAAGAUAUUUAAAAUUUUAAAUAAUAAGAACAAUUGGUUCAAGUACCUAUAAUAGAUGAUCCAUUCUAAAAAAAUCCAUUAGACAGUAAUAUUUCAAGGAUAAUAUAAGUUGGCGGAAUAAAUAAAAUAACUUAACCUCUUUAACCUAUUUUGAAUCCUAUAGAUCAAAAGGGUUAAUAAUUAGGAAAAAAUCCAUCUUCUUUAGAUUAUAUUAAAGAAAGAUUAAAAAAAGGAGUAACUACAUUAAAAGAAGAAGAUUAAAAAGAUUUAUUAGUUUAAUUGUAAAUGAUUUAAAGAGUUCUUAAUAAUAUAUAAAAGCAUAUUACUGAUCCAAAAGAAAUUUUGGAUUUAGAAUUUGAAAAACAACAACAAAUACCAUAAUUUAUAAAUGAUGUACUUUAACAGAAUGAAAAAGAAUAGCUAAUAUUAUUUAAAGAUGUAAAUGAUGGUGUAGAAUCCAUUAUUUAAAACUAAUAGGCAUGUCAACUUAUUUAGAAUAACUAAAUUGAAAAAAAUCUUCAUUUGCUUAAUAUAUUAAAUCCAGUAUAAUUAGAAUAAGGAAAGGUAGGACUUUAGAGUAACAAAAUUCUUCUAGCUGAAAUAGAAAAACUUAUAGAAGCAAAAAAGAAUUUAAAUAAAUUCAUAGAAAAUCCUAAUAUGCAAAAUCUAUUAUAAAAACAAUAAAUUGAUUUGCUGAAUAAAGAGGAACUAAAAAUUUAUAAAAAUUUACUAGAAAUUAUGCCAAAAGAUAGAAGAUAAGGUGAUAAAAUAUUAACUUAGUAAGCUGAAGUUGAAAAGAGGCUUAAAUAAAUCGAGUAGAAAAAAUAAGAUGAAGAAAUUUAAUAAAAAUUGAUAGAAUUUUUGAAAAAUCCUUCUUUUGAUAAAUUAUUACCAAAUAUUUACUUAAAAUAAUUAGAUGAUGAAAAAAAAUAGAAAUACAAAGAAGCCUUAGAAAAAUUAUUAAAUAAAGUUCAACAAAGAUAAAAAUAAGCUAUUUAAGAAUAGAUUGAUAUAAUAAAUAAAGAUAUUAAAAAAAAUAAACCAGGGGAUAUAAGGAUUGAAAAUAAAAAACUCAAACCAGAGAAUAAUAAUAAUAAUAAUAAACCAUCUAUCAACCAAAAUUUUUAAGAUGCAUAUUUGAAUGUCAUGAAAAAAUUAGGAGAUGAAGUUGAUGGUGAUCUUCUCUCAUUAAAUUAAUAUAUAAGAGAAUUUUAAUUAACUUCAGUAAACUAUUAACUUACUGAUUUACUUCCUAAUGACUGUUAAAAGUAUUAAGAAUAGGUCACAAAAAGAAUUCCAAAAUUUUAUGAUUUUUAAGGUUCAAAAUAUAAAGGAGAAACUCUUAAUGAUUAACCUGAUGGAAUAGGAAUAUUAAGAAAGAAUGGAGUUUCAUCCAUAUAUAAAGGAGUUUUUAAGUAAGGUAAAUUUUUCUGGGGAUAAGUAUUAGAGAUGAAUGAUUAAGGUUAGUUGACUUAAUAUAUUGGGUAUUAUAAUUAGUAACAUUAAGUUAAACAUGGAAAGGCAAAAUUGAGAUGGUAUUAACCAUAAAAAAUAGGAUUCUGUGGAGGAUAUCAUUUUAAUGAUUAUGAAAGUUAUGAAGGAGACUUUGUAUUGGGAUAUAUGCAUGGAAAAGGAAAGAAAACAUAUUCAGAUUCCUCUGAGUAUGAAGGAGAUUGGAAAAAAAAUAAAAGAGAAGGUUAAGGAAGAUAUACUUUACAAAAGUAAGGGAAGAAAACAAUUACUUAUGAGGGAUAAUUUUAAAAUGAUUUUUAACAUGGUAAAGAUGUUAAAGCCAUACAUCAUCAUUAAACAGGGCUAGAUUUGGUAGUUUAAGGAGAAUAUAGACAUGGCAAGCCUAUAGGAUAACACAUACUAAUUUUCAACGACGUACCAUAAAGAUAAAUUGAUUAUUGA